AUGGACUCCUCAAAGGUCUUGUCGCUUCUCGACCAGUUGGAUGAUGAGCUCCCCUUGCUAGACAAAGCCAAGCUCUAUACCCUCGUCACCUACGCCAUCGAGUCUCUACUGUUCUCAUAUCUACGACUUCAUGGCAUCAAGGCGCGCGAACAUCCUGUCUUUACCGAGCUCACCAGAGUCAAGCAGUACUUUGAUAAAAUCAAGAUGACUGAAACGCCCCCCUCUACUACGAGAACGGUGACUAUUGAUAAGGCAGUUGCAAGAAGGUUCCUGGAGCCGGACUUGGCAGCUUCCAAAAAAUACGCCCUGUUAGCAGCAGAGCUAAAGGCCAAAGAAAAAGUUAGAGCCCAUAUCAAGUUCGACGAAUUGAACAAACAGAUCGAAGAGAGACAGAACGCGCAAAAGCGAAAGUCUGAUGGGAUAGAGGGAAAGAAUGAGGAAGGAGAGGCUGCUGAAGAAUCAUCCGAUUCAGACUCGGAUUCCUCUGCGGAAAGGGUCAAUCAAGCUCCUGUUCCUCGGAAAAGCAGAUCGAGGAAGAAGCGCAAGGUGAGUAAGGGCCAGGACUCACUUACGGCAGAUGAUGGAUCUACUUCUACUGGGAAGCCCAAGAAGAAGGACACGAAGAAGGAAAGGAAGAAAAGCAAGGAAAAUAGGACCAAGAGAGAUAAAGGGGAGUGA